UUUCACAAACCAUACCGAACAUUGUUUUUUCUCUUUAAAGGGUUUAGGGAUUUCAUUUGAUUUGAUUUGAUUUCUGGGAGCUGUUGGAUUUCGUUGCGUCUUGGCGAUUUUGUGAUAGUUUUUUAUUUGCUCGAGAGGUGUUCGAUUGAUUGUCGCAAUGGCAACUGCUAAAAUUAUUGGUGGAAACGGGUCUUCUUGUUCCUCCUCUUGGAUUAAUUUGAAGGGGAGAAAGAAGAGGACGAUGAGAGAUCGUGUGAAGGUUUGUUGUGUGGCUUCGUCUCCUUCUUUGGUGAUGGAUCCUUACAGGACUCUUCGGAUCCAACCCGAUGCAUCCGAAUCUGAGGUCAAGAAAGCGUUCAGGAAGCUCGCUUUGCAGUAUCAUCCUGAUGUUUGUAGAGGAAGCAACUGUGGAGUUCAAUUUCAUCAGAUCAAUGAAGCCUAUGAUGUGGCGAUGAGUAAUCUGAGAGAUGACUUAGAUGAGUCAAGGAUGGCCUAUGAGCCGUGUGAUCAAGGAAUAGAUGAGCCAAUGAGAGGGAUGGACGAUCCAGAUUGGGACAUGUGGGAAGAAUGGAUGGGAUGGGAAGGAGCUGGAAUUCGUGACUACUCAUCUCAUAUUAAUCCUUACCUUUGAAGUAAAUUGUGAAUUAAUCAUGUUAUUAAUCAAAAUUAUACCCAAAUCUUAGUAGCCCAAAGAGGGUGCUAAUGUAGAUAAAAGAUGUGGGUCUAAUGUUAUUAUUGUCAAUUUCUAUGUACAUAUGGAUAUUCACUGGCUUUUGAAGCUUGUAUUUGUGUCUAUUAGUGGAGAUUACAUAAUUGUGUGGUUUUGUAACAAUUAUAUACAAAACCAUCGUUAUUUAUACGAAAAAUUUCACUGGCUUUUAAGCUUA